UUGGAGUGUGCGUACGCUGAGACCAAUGACCAGCAGAUUGCGUUUAUUUAUAGCAAUAUCAAUUUUUCUACGAUUCUCACACAUCCUUGCUAAUAAGGGUAUGCUGGCGUCCAUUGUGAAACCUGGUACAUUUCGACACAUCAUGUGUCGGAACAAUGUAUACCCACGCAGUAAUGUAACGCGUUUCUCAGUGCCGGACGAUUUAGUUUUUUGGAAUGUUCCUUAUGAAUCUUAUUGCCCGACCUGCUAUACUGCGCCGCACAUUAAUGGCCAGACAUGGGCAGAUGAACCGUUGCCAUUCGAAGUCAAAUGGAAUCAGAAUGAUGGCCUGGUAAAUCGAGUCUCAUUCCACGGGGAAUACAAGAUAAAAAAUGGGCUGCCGCAAAAUCCGAUUGGCCGGACAGGAUUGUGUGGGCGUGGCUUAUUAGGACGCUGGGGUCCUAAUCAUGCGGCCGAUCCAAUAGUCACGCGCUGGAAACGUGAUGAAAAUGGUGAGGUUGUGAGUCAUGAAAAUAGCGGCAAAAACAUACUCCAGAUGGUUGCCAUUCAGCGCUCAGACAAUAAAAUGUGGGCAAUUCCUGGCGGCAUGGUUGAUCCGGGAGAGAAUGUGAGCGUCACACUGAAACGCGAGUUCACCGAAGAGGCGCUUAAUUUCGAUGAUAAAGGCAACAUGGUCGAGCAGUUCUUCAAGCAGAAUGGGGAGCAUGUCUACAGCGGCUAUGUUGAUGACUUUCGCAAUACGGACAAUUCGUGGAUGGAGACAACAGCACUCAACUUCCACGACGACGACGGUAGCAAAGUUGGCCAGCUGCAACUGCAAGCUGGUGACGAUGCCACAAAUGUGCGCUGGACAGAUAUUAGUGGGGACAUAAAAUUACACGCCAACCAUGCAGAUAUUGUAAGAGAGGUGGCUGUCAAGCGGAAUGCGCAUUGGUAGCGUGUU